UAAUGAGAGUGGGAUUGGAGUUUUUUUUGUUUUUUCUGCUGGUGGUUUUUUACUUCCACUUUCCAGUCUGAACAAAAAUCCCCUCUGUCACAGGAAGCAGGAGGUAUUCGGCCACGGAGGAAGGUAUUUAAGGCGACCCCAAAGCCUCUAGAUCUCACAGCACUCCUGACAAACAUCUGACCUCAAGCUCAGAUUGUCUCCUUUUGCUGCAUCACGACUUCCACUGUCAACUGAGACGAUAAACCAACAAUGUCUGGCAUGAUUCAAGCGCUUCUCCUCCUGGUCGCCGCGGCCUGCUUCACACAAGCCCAGUUCAAUGAGGCUGGACAGCAGUGCCUUUGUCAGCGCGUCAGGAACCACAUCAUGGGAAAAAAUGAAAUAAAAGACAUCCAGAUCUACCAGGCAACCGCCUUCUGCAGCAAAAUUGAGAUUGUAGUGACCUACAAUAACGGCCUUCGCGUUUGCCUGAACCCAGAGCUGAGAAUUAUGAAAAAGGCCAUGGCUGCUUUCAUGAAGAGACAGAAUGAUGUGAAAUCCAAGCCGACAAAGUCCUCCUCCACUUCUGGGAGCACCCUCACAACUUCCAACUGAACCUCCAUCUCUACUCUUUCAACCAACCAAGGACUCUUUGUGACCACUGAUCCCCCAAAA